GGGUGCAGGCAUGAUGGCUAAUGAUCAGACGAAGCAGCAAGUGUGCUCUCCGCUACAUUCUCUCCUUUCCUCCUCUCUGCUUGUAGUUCUUUGGCUGUUCCAUCACGCUACACACACAGCCUCUUUUGCGCGUUACGAGAUCACGCUGCAGCCUGGCCAUCCACUUUACUCUUUACUCACGCCCGUCUACUUACGUCAUCACGUGAGCGGUCGAGAGUGGUCGUUCAUUUGGCUCAGCCUUCCGUUCACAGUCACGGUCGCUGACUGCUUCCAUUAUAGAUGAUAGAUCUCCUUCGCAGCCACCAGAUGCGGCAGCGAGCCAACCAGCAGCAACAGAUGGGCCAGCGGCCGAUACAGUUUCCUCCACAGAUGAACCUGACUGCGUCAGCCUCGCUCCAUGAGCAACUACCACAGGCGCAGGCCUCAAAGAAUCCCUUUUCGAACACGAAUGCGCAACGGCUGCAAAUGAUCGCCAACAGUACACCUCAAAUUGCCCAAAUACUUCUUCAGCGACAGCAGCAGCAACAGCAGCAGCAGCACACGCAACAAGCGUCGAUGCAAUCAUCGCCCACGCCGCAACAGAUGUGGGAGUUUCGUGCGGCAACGUACCAGCAGAUGCGAGCCCGCGCGACAAAACUGCAGAGCAUCAUCCGCGAGCUUGAGAAGCAGCAACAGGAGCAUGGCUCCCGUCACGUUGGAAUGUCGGACAUGCAGUGGGAGUUUGAGAGAAACAGGAUUCAGUCAGAAAUCAACGAGAAGAAGCAGCAGUUUUUCGGAUUCGUGAAUGAGCUGAAGAGAUUGGCCACCGCGAACUCUACUAAAGCAUCGUUCAAUCUGCUUGCCGGCGUUGAGCAGCAGGGAAAUAUAAGCGAGGUAGCGCAGCAUCAGGGUUCUCCUCUCCCUGUUCAAAACAAUGCGCCUUCUGGUCAUUCUCCGCCAAAUCUCUUUCGUCCAGAGCCUCAAUCGGAACAGCAGGCGCUGAUGAAUGCUCCCGCGCAAGGGUCCGUCAUGCGGGGGAGCCCGUUAAUGAUGCCUGGUCAACAGGCCGGGGGACAAAUGGAGCAGGCUCCCUAACGAAUGCUCGGUACGCCGUUUCCGCAGGGUGGAACGCCGAUGCGCACCUCGCCGCACAUGCCUUCGCAAUUCCCGAAUAUGCCCUCCAAUGAGCAGAUGCAGCAGGUGCAACAGAGCGCGCAGAUGCCAAUGCAAACGCCU